AUGUCCUUCGGAAGACCCCCAAAUAUUACCUCUUUUAGUGCAACACCACCAGAACGAGGUAGUUUUCCGUUAGACCAUGAAGGUGAAUGUAAAAAACUCGUGAAAGAGUAUCUCCAAUGUCUUAAGCAAAACAAGUCAGAUAAUGGCGCUUGUAGAUAUUUAUCAAAAGCAUAUUUGGAAUGUCGAAUGGAAAAGGGACUAAUGGCAAAAGAUGAGUUCAAGAAUUUGGGGUUUCACGAUAAUGUCGAGCUCUCAGGGUCAUCAUCAUCAAAAAUGUCAACGUCAAAUUAG